AUGGAGGGGGACCUGGGGGCCCCCAAUGCCAGCAUGCUGGGGGAGCACUCCCUGCUCGUGGGCAGCAGCUGGGUGGCCGCUUUCCUCUGCUUCAUCAUCCUGCUGACCACAGCGGGCAACUUCCUCCUCAUCCUCCUCAUCGUCACCCAGCGCUCCCUCCGCAACACCUCCAACUACUUCCUGGUGUCCCUCUUCAUGUCGGACCUGAUGGUGGGGCUGGUGGUGAUGCCGCCGGCCAUGCUCAACCAGCUCUAUGGCCGCUGGGUGCUGCGGGGGGACUUCUGCUCCCUCUGGGCCUCCUUCGACGUCAUGUGCUGCAGCGCCUCCAUCCUCAACCUGUGCGUCAUCAGCCUGGACCGGUACCUGCUCAUCACGUCCCCACUCAGGUACAAGCUGCGCAUGACGUCCUGCAGGGCGCUGGCGCUUGUCCUGGCCGCCUGGACCUUGGCCGCGCUGGCCUCCUUCCUGCCCAUCAAGAUGGGGUGGCACAAGCUGGAGUUCGAGGCGCGGCCCCUGAACGUCACCGGUCAGGGGGACGAGGAGCAGUGCCGGCUGCUGGUCAGUCUGCCCUAUGCCCUGGUGGCCUCCUGCCUCACCUUCUUCCUGCCCUCUGCCGCCAUCUCCUUCACCUACUGCCGCAUCCUGCUGGCGGCGCGCAAGCAGGCCGUGCAGGUGGCCUCCCUGGCCUCCAACGUGGCCACCGCCGGCGAGGCCACGCCACAGGAUCUGGAGCAGCAAAUGCCACUUUUCUUGAGAAGAGGCCAGUCCUGGCACCAGGGAGAGCUGCCCACCACUCCCUGUGUCUGGCUGCAGGUCCCACAUGCCCCAAGCCAGGCCCUGGCUGGCAGCGAGAGCAGGAGGUUCACCAACAAGCACAGCAAGAAGGCUCUGAAGGCCAGCCUGACCCUGGGCAUCCUCCUGGGCAUGUUCUUCGUGGCCUGGCUGCCCUUCUUCGUCACCAACGUAGCUCAGGCAGUUUGUGUCUGUGUCCCGGCCGGAUUCUUCGAUGUGCUCACCUGGCUGGGCUACUGCAACAGCACCAUGAACCCUAUCAUCUACCCACUCUUCAUGAGGGACUUCAAGAGGGCCAUGGGCAAAUUCCUGCCCUGCUGCCGGCGCUUGGCAGAGCCCCGGCCCAGCGCCAUCUCCCUGUCCAUGAGGAAUUCCAAAAGCGGGCCCCGCGCUGCCACCUCCCUCAAGAACGUGCUCACCCUGCAGGCUGAGACCGACUCCAUGGACUCUGGGGCACCGGGGAGUGAGCCCCGGCUGCUCCCGGCGCCGCGGGGCCCCGGCGCCCGCUCCGUCAGCCUCUGGGACACAGAGCCCCCGGACACAGAGCUGCAGCUGGGCACCCCCGUGGCCUGA